AUGGGCAGCGCCCACCCUCGCCCCUGGCUGCGGCUCCGACCCCGGCCCCAGCCGCGGCCCGCGCUCUGGGCGCUCCUGUUCUUCCUACUGCUGCUGGCUGCUGCCGUGCCCAGGUCAGCACCCAACGACAUCCUUGGCCUCCGCCUGCCCCCAGAGCCCGUGCUCAACGCCAACACGGUGUGCUUGACGUUGCCCGGCCUGAGCCGGCGGCAGAUGGAGGUGUGUGUGCGCCACCCGGACGUGGCCGCCUCGGCCAUCCAGGGCAUUCAGAUCGCCAUCCACGAGUGCCAACACCAGUUCCGGGACCAGCGCUGGAACUGCUCCAGCCUCGAGACCCGCAACAAGAUCCCCUACGAGAGCCCCAUCUUCAGCAGAGGUUUCCGAGAGAGCGCCUUCGCCUACGCCAUCGCGGCGGCCGGUGUGGUGCACGCCGUGUCCAACGCGUGCGCCCUGGGCAAACUGCGGGCGUGCGGCUGCGACGCGUCCCGGCGCGGGGACGAGGAGGCCUUUCGUCGGAAGCUGCACCGCUUGCAGCUGGACGCGCUGCAACGUGGAAAGGGCCUGAGCCACGGGGUCCCGGAGCACCCCGCCCUGCCCCCCGCCAGCCCGGGCCUGCAGGACUCCUGGGAGUGGGGCGGCUGCAGCCCGGACGUGGGUUUCGGCGAGCGCUUCUCUAAGGACUUUCUGGACUCCCGGGAGCCUCACCGAGACAUCCACGCGCGCAUGAGGCUCCACAACAACCGAGUCGGUAGGCAGGCGGUGAUGGAGAACAUGCGGCGGAAGUGCAAGUGUCACGGCACGUCGGGCAGCUGCCAGCUCAAGACGUGCUGGCAGGUGACGCCCGAGUUCCGCGCCGUGGGGGCGCUGCUGCGCAACCGCUUCCACCGCGCCACGCUCAUCCGGCCGCACAACCGCAACGGCGGCCAGCUGGAACCCGGCCCUGCGGGGGCGCCGUCCCCAGCGCCGGGCACCCCCGGGCCGCGCCGCCGGGCCAGCCCCGCCGACCUGGUCUACUUUGAGAAGUCGCCCGACUUCUGCGAGCGCGAGCCGCGCCUGGACUCGGCGGGCACCGUGGGCCGCCUGUGCAACAAGAGCAGCGCGGGCCCCGACGGCUGCGGCAGCAUGUGCUGCGGCCGCGGCCACAACAUCCUACGCCAGACGCGCAGCGAACGCUGCCACUGCCGCUUCCACUGGUGCUGCUUCGUGGUCUGCGAAGAGUGCCGCAUCACCGAGUGGGUCAGCGUCUGCAAGUGA